AUGACCGCUCCCAUGCGCCGCGCACUGCUCUCCCUGACGCAAGGCCGCCCCCAGACUCUCGCCAAAGCAUUCUUCCAUUCCUCACCAUCCCUUGCCAUGAAGGUCGCUCGUGUUACUGCCUGGGACUCACCCCCUGAAUACGUCUCGGCGCCUGACCCGCCUGCCCCGUCCCCGACGCAGCUCCAGCUGAGCGUGGUGGCCGCCGGCGUACCCCGAGUGGUGCGCGCCCGCGCGGCGGGCAAGCACCCCAGCGCCAUGCGGGCGUCGCUGCCAUACGAUCCGAGCAUUGACGGGGUCGGACGCGACGCCACGGGCGAGCUGUACUUCAUCAAUAGCCUGGCGGCGCCCGUAUUCGCAGAGCGCGCAAACGUCGAGCGCAGCCAGCUCAUAAAGCUGCCGGCGGGCGUCGACCCGGCUACUAUCGCCGGCCUAGCCAAUCCGACCGCUAGUAGUUGGCUAGCGCUGCGCUGUCGCGCCAUCGGCGGCUGCGCUGGCCGUACAGUAGCCAUCCUGGGCGCGACCAGCGCCAGUGGCCGGAUCGCGGCCAACGUCGCCCGCCAGCUGGGCGCCGCGCGGGUGAUCGGACUUGCACGCAACGAGGCCGCCCUCGCUGCCGUCGACGGCCUAGACGCCCGCGUCCGCCUGCAGGACCCUCUCGUUCUUCCGGCCGACCUGGGCCCCGUCCACAUCGUGCUCGACUACGUCGGCGGGCCGGCCGCCGUGCAGCUGUUGCAGGCGUUGCAUCCGCCGCCACCCGGUGAGAACAUCCAGUACAUUCUGGUCGGCGGGUUAGCCGGAUACGAGCAUAUGGACCUGCCUAUGCGGCUGGUCAACGUGAAGCCAAUCAUCAUCAUGGGGUCUGGCGUGGGCAGUCUGACCCGGGAGGACUUGGACCGUGAAAUGCCGGGGGUAGUCAACGCCCUGGCGAAGAUGGGGCCGAUUGGAGUAGAUGUGUUUGCGGUCCCGAUGGCGGAGAUACAGACUGCAUGGGACUCGGAAGAAGCGCAGACCAAGCGGAUGGUCAUUAUGCCUUGA